AUGAGGUCAACUUGGGCGACCCCUUUGGCUGCUCUGUUGCUCACCUCAAUCCCCUUGGCUGUCGCAGAUGUAUUUUGUGACAAGUCUACCGCCUGCGAAGUCGGCUGCUGUGGCUCCAACAAUGUCUGUGGCACAGGACCAGACUAUUGUAGCAAGGCGAAGUGCAUCAACAGCUGUGAAUACAAAGCUGAAUGCAACCCAGGCAACUGGCCUUCGCAGUACUUCAAUGCUACCAAGUGUCCUCUCAAUGUUUGCUGUAGCAAGUUCGGCUUCUGCGGUACUACCGAGGAGUUCUGCGGCAAAGAAACCGUCAAGAGACCAUCUUGCAGCAUCGGGACGCAGACAGUUGAUCGCGUGAUCGGCUACUACGGAUCAGGCGGCGCGACACGCUCAUGCAAUCGCAUGGCUCCAGCUUCGUUCCCUCAAGGCGUUUACACCCAUAUCUACUUUGCAUUCGGCAGUAUCGAUCCCGAUUCGUUCAAGGUCAUUCCAGGUACUGCCGAUGAUGAGCGCCUGUACCCAGAUCUGGCAGCACUCAAGACCAGGGACAUUGGACAGGAGCUUUGGUUGUCCAUCGGAGGAUGGACAUUCUCUGACAAUGGUUCGCCAACAGCUACAACCUUCUCAGACUUGGUCAAUGCCGACGAGACACGACAGAGAGCCUUUUUUGCCUCCUUGGUGCUCUUCAUGCAAACAUGGGGUUUCAGCGGUGUCGACAUUGACUGGGAAUACCCCGUUGACCACGACCGCAAUGGUCGCGAGUCUGAUUUCAAGGCUUAUCCAAGGUUCAUGAAAAGACUCAAGUCUGCCCUCCACGACUACAAGUUUGGCCUCUCGGUUACUCUCCCGACCAGCUAUUGGUAUCUCCAGCACUUUGAUCUCGAGAACAUCGAGCCAUCGGUUGACUGGUUCAAUGUUAUGAGUUAUGAUCUCCACGGCGCGUGGGAUAUUGGCAACAAAUGGACCGGUGCGUUCGUAGGAGCCCAUACAAACUUGACCGAGAUCAAGAGCUCUUUGGAUCUUUUGUGGCGCAACAAGGUAUCUCCUUCGAAAGUUGUGCUCGGCUUGGCUUUCUACGGACGAAGUGUUACGCUCGCAGACCCCUCCUGUUCUGAGCCUGGUUGUGCGUACCUGUCUGCUGGAGAUGCUGGUACAUGCAGCGGCGAAGCUGGCAUCCUAUUCAAUAGUGAGAUCACUGAUCUCAUUCGCGACAAGAAACUCAGGCCAAAGCUAUACAAGGACGCCGCUAUCAAGACAAUCCAGUGGAACAACGAUCAAUGGGUGUCUUACGAUGACAAGGAUACUUGGAAGCUCAAAGCCAACUUUCUCAAGUCGCAAUGCCUUAGUGGUGUUCUUGUUUGGGCUGUCGACUAUGAUGAUGCCAAACAUUCAUACUCGAAGGGGCUGGCCGCAGCUCUUGGCAUCAAGAGCAACGUAGACACUUCCACUGGUUUGACUAUUGUUAAGCCGGAGAAGUCAGUGAAGGAUGAGUCCAACGACUUCUGUUACUUCACCAACUGUGGCCAGACCUGUCCUCGCGGUUACACCGAAAUCAUUCGUGAUGACGACAAGUCACAGAUCAUGCUGGACGCGACACAAUGCCCUUCGGGCUCGGGAGAGGUACAGACAUUGUGCUGUCCCAAGUCCUCUAAAGUCCCUGUAUGCCGGUGGAGAGGUCACAGGAACAGUGGUCACUGUGUAGUUGGCUGCAAUGCCGGCGAGGUUGAGGUUGGCACUCUUCACGCUGGUUGCAAGAAGGGUUGGCAGUCCGCUUGCUGCGACUUCACUGAGACCACUGAGCCUUGGUCAAAGUGUAAGUGGACAGAUGACUGCUUCGAGGACAAUACCUGUCCUACAGGCUAUUCGUCUCUCGUGGCAGAAUCUCGGAACGGCUGGGGUGGCCAGAAAUCUUGCAAGGCCGGCAAGUACAACUACUGCUGCACAGAGACCCCCAAAGCCUUCAAAGAAUGCGAAUGGUUUGGCCAUCAAGUCUCAUCCUUUGCCAAUACGCAGUUGUGUACGGAUGCUUGCCCGUCUGGAUCGACCCGCAUUGCUGAACAGUCACUCACUGAACUCUUUGGAAGUAGGAUUACUGGCAACACCAAAGGCUGUAUCUAUGGUAAUGAAGCAUAUUGCUGCUCUGGUGACAAAAGCUCCGACAAGAGCGAGCGGGAUACGCCCAUUAUUGUCUACGAAGACGAGAUGGCAGAAAGCUUUGACGAACUUUUGCAGAAGUUUCUCAAAGAUCCUAUAUGCCCUGGCACUUGGACUGCACAAUUUAGCAGCAGUGAUGAGCUAUACGCGCGAGAGUUGCUUAAAGGACGUGCAACUGACAUGACGACGACUCUGACCUUGCUUUUCCCUAUCAUGAAAGUCUGGAUUCAGUCUGAGCGCCGACGAACCGAUUUGACAGACAUCUAUAAUCUGCGGAUGGACGACUUCGGCUAUGCUGACACCGCUGCCAAUGUGAGUACAUUUGAUGAGAUGCUAUACCAAGGCGAUUGGACUGGGCUACCGACAUAUGACCCUGAUGUUGCCAUCUCGGGAAUGCUUUGCAACAUCGCCGCUUCUAGGCUUGCUAUGGACAGCAUGGCGGCUGCUACGGAAUCUUUGUGUUCAUUCACGCCUGACCCUGAUGUUGCAACAACGAAGCGAGGUCUUCUCGAAGCUCGAAGAUUAACCGAGAUCACUAUGGACGAUCGGUCGCGGAACCAAAUCGAGCCGAGUAUCGCACUGGCACUAGAGGGAAUUCUCAAUGGCGACCUCAGCUUACAUUAUAUGCGCUGGUUGCCGCGCCGAGGAAAUGAGAUGAUGCUUGAGGCAGCCUUCUGGAUUGGCCCAGUGCCUGGUCAGAACCCAGGAGCGGCACACCGCGCCCGUUACUCUGAUAGAACGCAUACAACGUAUCAUGAUCGAUGGAUAGUCAUUCAUUUCCAUAUUCCCCUGGAUCGCCAAACGUUUACUGGUAGUGGUGAUACCUGGUUUCUUGGUGUCCAUAGCAUGGGCAUGUAUCACAGCCAGACCCUUCGCCAGCCCGGAGCUGUAACUCCGAAUUGGUAUAACGUUGAAUACCGCGCUGAGUAUAGAUACUCUCGCUCCUAUGGCAACCCAAGGGAGACCAGCGUCCCUAACAACAGGAAUCCCUCCAUGAGAGAUUACAACGCUCGCACGGAGCCUCUCCGAUGUCUUGCCAAAGAUAAUGGUGGAGCACCACAGCGGUGGUAUGUCGGCCGCGAUUACUCAGCACGGAUCAGGACCUUGGAGACUGAACGUCGUCCGAGCGGCUAUGCCUCCUUAGUUAACAGAUUCGGACUCUGGCUUCAUGGCGAGGGCGCGUUCAGUCGCAGCAAUUUGGGUUUUGUCUGGUCUGUUAUCAAUGACCCGGUAAUUGCCAAUAGACCGAGAGGCCCGAGGAACUUUGACGCCGAUGCUAAUUUUCGCCCUGCUCCUGGAGCGUUUGACGAGAACUGGCUACCUGGAGGAAGUGGCGUAGGUGACCUGAGAAACUCUGACGCCUAG